AUGGUACCCAGAAGGAUCCUCGCCAGCCAGUGGCUGGGGGCGCACGUGCAGAGGCCGGCAUGGCCAGCUGGAGUUUCCUUGCCACAAGCUUCAUUCUUGAGCCCAUUGGGAACCUCUUUCUGGUAUGGCUGGUGCAAAAGCUACAGGCCUGUGUCCGUGGCAGUGAUCCACCAUCCCAUACACCAUGAGUGUGCAGCAGAUGAUCUAAAUGGAGAGGAAGAGGAGGAGGAGGAGGAAGCAAGCAAGCCCCCCAUCCCAAGCCAGGUGGGGCCCACCACCACCACGCCCACUGACACGUGCACCGUCACAGUCACGGGAGCCCCGGACACGCCAGCACCCAUCACCAUCUGGCGGUCAGACAGCCCGACCGGGAAGAACCUGGGAGGCAAGGUGAUCAAGAAGGUAAAGAAGAAGAAAGACAAGGAGGAGGAGACGACGGACGAGAAGAUGAAGUUGAAGAAAAAACCCAAGAAAGGCAAGCUGACUAAGAAGAAAAGCCCAGUGAAGUCGCAGUCUUCGCCUCCAGAUCUGACGCGAUCUUUAAGCCCAAGAGAAUUGGCCAGGAUGUCAGAGUCCAGCCCAGAGAGCCAGGAAGACCUGGAGAGUGAGGACAGCUACAACGACCGGGGCCAGGGUGAGCCCUCCAGCGAGGACAUGCUGGAGUCGUCAUCGCCUAAGAAGAAAGAGAAGAACGGCGCCCAGACCAGGAAGACCGGGGUGAAGACCACACAAGCCAGGAAGGUGACCAAAAGGAAAUCCCCCCCUGUGUCCAACCCCAAUCUUAGCUGAAGUCAGCGCAACCAGGGUGACGAAUAAAUGCCGUCAAGCCUGUAGCCGACCCCUGGUGCCGUCCUGUCCCUCCGAACAGGCCACUUGGGGGGAUGGGGUGGGUUCUGGGCAUAGCCAGAGCAAGGAGUGGCAGGGUCACCAGGGGAAGGCAGUGGUGGUAGUGGUGCUGGGGAAGGGCUACAGCAUUUCUGUGUAGCAUCUAGGACCAGGAUUGGGGUACAAGGGCUCACUGCUCCUGGAAGCCUGGUCUAACUUCCUUGACCGGCGAUACCCCCAAUAAAC